UCUGGAGAAAAAUCUUAAUGUUGAUUGCAUUUUCUAUGCACUACAUAUGAAAAAUGUGAAAAACCCUAUAUGUAUAUAUGUUCCUUUUGGUUUUUUUAAUUUUUAAUUUCUCUUAAAAAAACCAAACAAAUGGGAAAAUGCCCUAAUAGCGUGAAGGUAAUUUUAUGAAAAGGUUCAUGCAGCUAAGCAGAUUUAGCUCUGCUUUUCUGUAAAUACAGGGAGAUGUUUAACCCCUAUUGUAUGGCCACAAAGGCUGUGCUGAUCACACACAAGCUUGGGAGGGCUGAGGACAAAGCGGCGGGCGGUGGAAACGGCCCCUCUUGUGCGUGCCCCUGCGCACAGGCCAGCAGCAGCAGGGCUUAGCACCAGGGUUUUGUCAGGCUUGCAACAUGGAGGGGAACAUGGCACAAAAUCUUACCACUUACUAAAAGGAAGAAAGGAAAAAUAACCCGCCAACAAAGGAGGAGGACCAUGACAGCUGUAUAGCUACAUGCUCAAGGCAAGGCAGCAACAUAAAGACCUGUCAUACAGGAGAUAAGAAAAGGAGGAAAAGUAAAGAGAGAGACCAACUUUCUCAGAAGUUAUUUGUGUUAAGUUACAAAGGAUCAAUAUUUCAAGAUGUGUGAAGGAGAAGGGUCUAACUGACAAGCUGCCUUGAUACACUGUUACUCUAACUAUGACUGGAUUGACUGAAAAUUGCCUCAAAGAGUAAGGUUUCUUGUCUAUACUUACAUAGCUACUGCAAGCUAUCUAGUCUUACGAAGUUGAACUUCAUCCUCCAAGUGUGAUUUACUCAGUACAGCCUAAAAACAUGGUGAGAAAGAUGAGCAUACCUACAAGCAAAACUUCCCUGCUCCUCUUUCUGUGCCAAAUUAUUUCUGCACUGGAUGUACCUCUUGACUCAAAACUUCUAGAAGAAUUGUCACAACCUCCUACGAUAACUCAGCAAUCUCCAAAAGAUUACAUUGUUGACCCUCGAGAGAAUAUUGUAAUACAGUGUGAAGCCAAAGGAAAGCCACCUCCUAGCUUCUCCUGGACCCGCAAUGGAACUCAUUUUGAUAUAGAUAAAGAUGCACAGGUAACAAUGAAACCAAAUUCAGGGACUCUUGUCAUAAAUAUUAUGAAUGGUGGGAAAGCAGAAGCAUAUGAGGGAGUUUACCAGUGUACAGCAAGGAACGAACGAGGAGCAGCCAUUUCCAACAACAUCGUUAUAAGGCCUUCUAGAUCGCCUUUGUGGACGAAAGAAAAGCUAGAACCAAAUCACGUUCGUGAAGGUGAUUCACUGGUACUGCACUGCAGACCUCCUGUUGGCUUGCCACCACCUAUCAUAUUUUGGAUGGAUAAUGCUUUCCAAAGGCUGCCUCAAAGUGAAAGAGUUUCCCAAGGUCUAAAUGGAGAUCUUUAUUUUUCUAAUGUACAACCAGAAGACACCCGGGAGGACUAUAUCUGCUACGCAAGAUUUAAUCACACACAAACCAUACAGCAGAAACAACCCAUAUCUGUAAAAGUCUUUUCAAUGGAUUCAUUGAAUGACACUAUAGCUGCUAAUUUGAGUGACACUGAUAUUUAUGGUGCAAAGCCAGUUACAGAGAGGCAGCCAGUUCUUCUAACACCAACAGGUAGCACAAGUACCAAAGUGGAACUCAGAGGAAAUGUGCUUUUGCUGGAGUGUAUCGCAGCAGGAUUACCCACACCAGUAAUCCGCUGGAUCAAGGAGGGUGGGGAACUGCCAGCCAACAGAACAUUUUUUGAAAACUUUAAGAAAACUCUCAAGAUUAUAGAUGUUUCAGAAGCUGACUCUGGGAACUACAAAUGUAUAGCGAGAAAUACAUUAGGUUCAGUUCAUCAUGUCAUUUCAGUAACUGUGAAAGCUGCUCCAUACUGGAUAACAGCACCCAGAAACUUGGUUUUGUCUCCUGGAGAAGAUGGAACAUUGAUCUGCAGAGCUAAUGGCAACCCAAAGCCUAGUAUAAGCUGGUUAGCAAAUGGUGUUCCCAUAGCAAUUGCCCCAGAAGAUCCUAGCAGAAAGGUGGAUGGUGACACCAUUAUCUUCUCACACGUGCAGGAAAGGUCAAGUGCUGUCUAUCAGUGCAAUGCUUCUAAUGAAUAUGGAUACUUGCUAGCAAAUGCAUUUGUGAAUGUUCUGGCUGAGCCACCCAGAAUUCUAACUCCUGCUAAUAAACUGUAUCAAGUCAUUGCAGACCGUCCUGCAUUGCUAGACUGUGCUUAUUUUGGGUCACCUAAGCCUGAGAUUGAAUGGUUUAAGGGAGUGAAAGGUAGCAUUUUGCGUGGAAAUGAGUACGUUUUCCAUGAUAACGGGACCUUGGAAAUUCCAGUGGCUCAGAAGAAUAAUGCUGGUACAUACACAUGUGUAGCAAGGAAUGAAUUAGGAAAGAUACAAAAUGAGGUGCAUUUGGAAAUUAAAGAUCCAACGAUGAUCAUUAAACAGCCAGAAUACAAAGUGAUUCAGAGAUAUGGCCAGGUUUCUUUUGAGUGUAUAAUAAAACAUGAUUCUACCUUACUGCCAACAGUUACAUGGUUGAAGGACAAUGAUGAACUGCCAGAUGAUGAAAGGUUUCUAGUUGGUAAAGACAACUUGACCAUUAUGAAUGUAACUGAUAAAGAUGAUGGAACAUACACUUGCAUAGUUAAUACUACUCUGGACAGUGUUUCAGCAAGUGCUGUGCUCACUGUUGUUGCUGCUCCCCCAACACCAGCUAUCAUUUACGCUCGGCCAAAUCCACCCUUUGACUUGGAAUUGACAGGUCAGCUAGAAAGAAGCGUUGAUCUCUCAUGGAUACCAGGAGAUGAAAACAACAGUCCCAUUACAAACUUUGUGAUUGAAUAUGAAGAUGCACUGCACGAGCCAGGAGUGUGGCAUUACCAGACAGAGGUCCCUGGCACUCAGACCACUGUGCAGCUGAAGCUGUCUCCCUAUGUCAACUACUCCUUCCGUGUGAUCGCCGUCAAUAGGAUUGGCAGGAGCCAGCCCAGUGAGCCAUCUGAGCAGUACCUGACAAAAUCUGCAAGCCCUGAUGAAAAUCCUGCUAAUGUACAGGGGAUAGGCUCAGAACCUGAUAAUUUGGUAAUAACAUGGGAGCCUUUAAAAGGUUUUCAGUCUAAUGGACCAGGGCUUCAGUACAAAGUCAGCUGGCGCCAGAAAGAUGUUGAUGAUGAAUGGACAUCUGUCAUAGUUGCAAAUGUAUCUAAAUAUAUUGUGUCUGGUACACCAACUUUUGUUCCAUAUGAAGUAAAAGUGCAAGCUUUAAAUGACUUGGGGUAUGCACCAGAGCCAUCAGAGGUGAUUGGACAUUCAGGGGAAGACUUGCCAAUGGUUGCUCCAGGCAAUGUGCAGGUUCAUGUUAUUAACAGCACAUUAGCAAAGGUGCAUUGGGACCCAGUUCCACUAAAAACUGUCCGAGGACACCUGCAAGGGUACAAAGUUUACUACUGGAAAGUGCAGAGUCUAUCCAGGAGGAGUAGACGACAUGUAGAAAAAAAUAUCUUGACUUUCAGGGGAAACAAGACUUUUGGAAUGUUACCAGGGCUGGAGCCCUAUAGUUCCUACAAGCUGAAUGUUAGAGUUGUUAAUGGUAAAGGAGAAGGACCAGCAAGCUCAGACAAAGUAUUUAAGACCCCUGAAGGAGUUCCUAGCUCACCUUCCUUUCUGAAGAUUACUAACCCAACAUUGGACUCUCUGACUCUGGAGUGGGGUUCACCCACCCAUCCAAAUGGUGUUUUGACAUCAUAUACACUGAAGUUUCAGCCAAUCAACAACACACAUGAAUUGGGUCCCUUGGUAGAGAUAAGAAUUCCUGCCAACGAGAGCAGCUUGAUAUUAAAAAAUUUAAAUUACAGCACCCGGUACAAGUUUUACUUUAACGCACAAACUUCAGUUGGAUCAGGAAGUCAGAUAACUGAGGAAGCAGUAACAAUUAUGGAUGAAGCUGGUAUUCUCCGUCCUGCUGUAGGUGCAGGCAAAGGAUAUUCAGAAAUCCUUUUUGCAACUUCCCCAGUCAUGCAUACUGUCCGUCCAACAUUCUAUAAGGUUCAACCACUUUAUCCAAGGAUCAGAAAUGUUACAACAGCUGCUGCUGAGACCUAUGCCAAUAUCAGUUGGGAGUAUGAGGGACCAGAUCAUGCGAACUUUUAUGUUGAAUAUGGUGUAGCAGGCAGCAAAGAAGAUUGGAAAAAAGAAAUUGUAAAUGGUUCUCGAAGCUUCUUUGUCUUAAAGGGUUUAACACCAGGAACAGCAUAUAAAGUCCGGGUUGGUGCUGAGGGCCUGUCUGGUUUUAGGAGUUCAGAGGAUGUGUUUGAGACAGGUCCAGCAAUGGCAAGCCGGCAGGUGGACAUCGCUACUCAAGGAUGGUUCAUUGGUCUUAUGUGUGCUGUUGCUCUUCUGAUCUUGAUUUUACUGAUUGUUUGCUUCAUAAGGAGGAAUAAGGGUGGCAAGUAUCCAGUGAAGGAAAAGGAGGAUGCACAUGCUGAUCCAGAAAUACAACCUAUGAAGGAAGAUGAUGGAACGUUUGGUGAAUACAGGUCCAUGUCUGCUUGGACAGGAAAGAAACUGGACAAGGAAAAGAAAACAAAAGGUAGCUGUGCCAAUUCUCCUGAAGCAAACCCUGUCUUUACCAAAGCAAAGUCUGUGAGAUCUGACAGAUCCAACUUCUUCAGAAGGUCAGGGGAUCAAUACUCCAGCACCAGAUCAGAGACCUCCUACACCAGGAGGAGGGCUAGGCAGUCUUCAGAGCUUACAAGGGUUAGUUCUGUCUCUGCUUCCCUCUGCCAAGAGGAAAAGAGGUCAGACAAAUGGAAGUACAGGCAUGGCUCUAGACAUCAUGCUUCUGAGCAACACAUAAUGGGGUCGGAGGAGGGCUCAGAUUCUCAGGCAGGACAGCCAUCCCCUUUCCAGCAACCCCUCAGCUGCAACUCCAUUGGUGGCUUAUUGGCAAGGCAGCAUUCUUCUCUCCAGCACUGGUGCAGCCAGACCCCAGACUGCAGCUCAGAUUCAGACGACACUCAGAGCUCCUGCCACAGGAAGGUAAGACCUUCUACUGCUACUCACUUCUCUGAAUCUGAAAAGAAUUCACUAAUGAAAUCUGUAAUCUUGCCUGAACUGGCCACUGUCUUAAAGGAUGCUUUGACAGCAGCCAGACAAAGCAUAACAUCUGUGGCACAGGCUAGGUCCCAUUCAGUGAAGCAUCACAGGGUACCAAUUGCUGAAGUUCCACUGGUUCCUUUAGAAGCAUCUGGGAGCAGUUCCCAGACUUCUGAGUUUGAUCAUAUGGACAGCUUAAGAGAUCAAACAGCUUCUGGGAAGGAGAAACCUGAGGCUGACAAGGCCUUGGAGGUUGAAUCAGCCCUUGAAGACAGGGAGGUGGCAUCUGAGUCCCCUACAGAAGAUCCAGAAGGACCAGAUCCUCUGCGUAAAUUUGACAUGGAGAGUCAGAAUUACCUUUUUGAACACAUAAAGAGGGUGCUAAUGCUGAAAUCUUCCAAAUCUGAAUGUGCCUCUGAAGAACUGCUUAUCCCCUCUGAAGAAGGCAAGGUAGAUAAUGCACUUCCUAUCCAUUCAGCUGUGGAAGAUCUUGUCUGCAGGAUUUGGGGAAAUCCUGAAGCCAAGCAUGAAGCCCCACCAGUCCUACGUAAGCUCUAUCCUUUCCCAGUGGAUAAAGCUGCUUUGUGGGGGACCUUGCCUGAGGUAGACAGAGCAUUGGUUACUGGUAAUUCUGUACUGUCAGUGCCUGAUAAUACAGAUGCUCUCCCUAAAGAUCCUACUGACAGAAAGAUUGAGGAAGCAAUUAAAAGAUCUUUCAAGCUAGUUGCAGCCCAGCUUGGAGUAUCUAUCUACUGCACUUAUGCUUCUAAAGCUUUACUAAUAUGGUUAGAGGAAGAACGAGCUAGAUUCAAAAAGAAAUGGGUCCCAUCUGGUGCCAUGCAGAGAAAACGCAGGCUGUGUAAAAUUGCAGCUAAUUUUAUCCACGAUGCAGCUGAGGAUUCUCUUAGACUCACUGUUAAAAAUGUGGCAUGCCUCACUGUAGCCUGGAGAGCUCUCUGGCUGCGACCUUGGAGCUCAUCACUAGAUCUGAAAUGUAAAUUGCUGUCUUUACCCUACACAGGGGGCAAGCUGUUUGGUGAACCCUUAGUCCAGCUCAUGAAGGAUGUCUCAGAACACAAGCACUCCUCACGUCAGAUGAAAAAAAAGAGCUCUGUUGGAAGCUCUUCCUGUUCUCCUCACAAGUGUCUGAACUCCUUGCGUUCUCCUCCAAAGUUCAAAGGAGGGAAGGGAAAGUAUAAGGUCUCACAGUCAUUUCAUGCCAAGUACGAAAAGACAUCUCACUUUCAGAGAGAUAUCAGACCAUCGAGAGGAACUUUCUAAGAACAUAGACUUACCUUCCUAGUUUCUCAGAAUCUGAGAAGAGUGAAAGACAUGGAAAUAUUUCAAUAUUUCUGGACAAAUAAACUCAGUGCUUAGAAAAUUAGUUGUUUCCAAGUAAGAUUUAAAUUAUGAAGUUACUUUAAUCUUAAUGACUAAUGAAGAUAUUCUGGAGAAAUCAUAGCUCCCAAAUCCCCUCUCUUUAGGGGAGGGUUUCUUCGCAUUUCAUUUCUAGGCUUCCUAGUGGUCUUGGGAUGGUUUGGAUUUGUUUGAAGUUUUGCACUCCUCAACUUCAACUAAGAGAAUACUUUCUGUGUGAGAGUUGGCUGGUCUGCAGGACCAGACAACAUCAGAUUUUUCAGUCAUAGUGAUCUAGUGAAGGAAAUAAUGUUUUAGGAAAUGGAGGUAUUUCGGGAACUAUGGAAUGACUAUGGAUGCUAUAUUCCCGUGACUGGAUGGAUUCCUUCAUUUUUACAUAAUAAGGGAAAACAGUGCCUCUGUAGCAAUCUCCUCUGCACUCUCAGGGGUUUUCUGAGUUGUAGAAGACCGAGACAGUAAACUGUGGACAGUCAUUGUCUACACCAGGAACCUGCAAGAAACAGAACAAGUACCACAGAUAGGUGUUGAGAUCAGCAUAGGUGUAUAAAUCAGCCUAAAUUUUCCUCCUGGUCCAUAAAUGGAGAGAAAUUAAGAAGUUAUGACAGCUACAGACCCAUGAGUUCAUGGGUGGGAAGACUGGAAGCAAGCAACUACAAGGGUAGGACGAAAGUCCAGUGGUCUGCAGAAUGUUCUUAGGAAGAUGAAAUAGGACAAGGCAACUAGAGUGUGGUAACAAAGCAUAUUUGCACAUUUUGGUGAAUGAUUUUGCCUCUUUUCUUCAAUAUUUUGACACACAGUAUUUUUCCUAGAAAUUCCAGGAUAUGCUGUGAGACACUGUGGCAGAGAGUUCUGGGAUUGCUAGAUAAUAUAUUACUCGUCCUACUUCUGAGUUGAUUAACAAUGAAAAUAAAGUUUGUAACCACAAUUGUGGGGUUUUUCUCUUGUAGUUACUUAACUUGCAGCUUAGGUGCGUUUCCCUAGGGACGUAGCCAUGAUUUGUGCCUCAGGACUGCAAUUCUAAACUUGUUCCCCACCAGAAAAAGAGAUUAUCUUAAUGGACUGCCUGAAGAACUGAACAGUCCAAUUGGAUUUGGCAGUGGUCCUACUGUGUUCCAAUUUGUGCACAUGUACUUUCUUUGACAAUUCUUGUUUUAAUUCUUGAAUACUUGUGUGAUUAACAACUUUUUCAGCACAUUGCUUUUUAAAGCCAGAGCUUUAUCACCCAGUUUUUCCAGCUUCUGCCAGGAUUGAAGAUUGAGUAUUACAGAGAUGUUAAUGAAAAACUACUCAGAGGACUAAUAUAGGUGUGCUUAAAUAAGAAAUAGUAAAAUGGUUUGAAGUCUGGAUUGACUAUAAUAAUAUUAGGACUCACAGUUCUAAUAAUUUAGGAGUGUCAGUGGAAACCUCUUAAGUAUAGGGACAGAUUCUCCUGGAGUAUGCAGGGAAGCCAUAGAGGAAGGUUUUUCUGUGGCUUUGCCUGAUUGCUUUUACUUAAACAUUUCUGGGCUAUUGACCUGAGGCCACAGAAAAAGAAAUUUAUUGCCAGCAGUUUUCAUCUUCUGCAUCCACUUUCUGUGUCUCAUAGCCCAGAAUGUUUUACCCACUUUGUUUCAUGUUGCCUUUCACCUGACAGUUGUGCUGUAAGGAAAAGUAGUAUAUUGCUAACCAUAUAUUGAGUCUUUUUGCAUGUCUAUGAAUGUGGCAAAGUUUAGUUGGGAACUAGUUGCCUGCUGGACUGCAGAGGCAUCGUAAAAGUGUCUUCCCCAUUCUGACUGGUUGCUGCAUGUACCCAUUUCUAAGGAAGAAAAAUUGAAAAGUUGAAAGAAGAAAGGAGAUUUCAAGGUACAUAUUUCUUUCAAUAACUGAUAAGCUUGUGAAAUAGACUUACUUUUUUAAAACAAAUAAAUUUGUACUUUGCACUUAUGUUAUUCUAACCUUCAUACUUCUUAUUUCUCUUAAUAAUUCAAGUUGGAUAUGUGUUUCAUUAAACUAAGAAGAAAGACAAACAUGUUCAUAUAAUAUCAAUCAUAAAUGAUUAAUAUUUAAAUCAUGCUUUUAGAGUAUGCUUUAAUAGUAAAUGCUUUUCUUACUGAAAAGAAGUGUAUGUGGUACAUAUAAGUGUAUAAGUAAGUGGUACAUAUAAGUGUAUAGGUGUAUAAGUACUUAUUAAAAUGAUCGGUACAUACGAGUCUUCUUUGAGAAAUUUUCAUCCCUAAAAAGAUACUAGUAUGGAAUUUAUUUUUACAGCAAAAAAUAGUAAAAGUAUAGCUACACUUAACUUCCAUGGCUCUAAAUAAAGCAUUCAUACCCAUUCUCACCUCAUGUUUGGUUCCCUUCCAGUAUUGUUUUCUGACUAUUAAUUAUAUGCACUGCAUAAAUGACACUUUAAAAAACUUCUUCAAUUUGUCACUGUAAUUUUAGUCAACCCAAUUUGCACUUUAUUUUUUAAUAUCACAAUAUUAUGCUAGGUAUGUAAUAAAAGUCAGCAAGCAAAACCACCAACAGAAACAGAAAGAAACUAUGAUUUAUCCUGACUGCAUUUUGGAAUAGUUUUAUGAACAGUUGUAGCAAGGUUGGCAAACCUUGUGGCUACAGCAUCAAAAUGUAUGGCUUUACCAUGUUUUGGCAAUAUAGUAUUAUAUAUUCUACAGCCUAAAGUGUUCUGUAGCUCUUCCUAAUGUAAUUCAGCAGCUUCUGCAGUUUGCUUCUUGGCAACUAACAGAUAAGACAUUUAUUUUGCCAGACCACCAGAGCACCUCCUCUGUUUUGAAUCCCCAGGGUAGCAAAAGUGUUGUUCAAAACAUUUAUGUGUUCACUUUUUUCUCCUUCUCCUAUUUGUUUGGUUUUUUCAUCUUUCUUCCUCAAUUUCUUUCUCUUCCACCAAAACACUAUGUUCAUCUAAGAGUCAUAAUCCAGUUUGACACAGAAAAAAUGGGACCGUGGCAUAUGUUAUCCUUUCUGAACCAGGAGUGUAAAGCAUCUUGGAUAAUGCCACUUGUUUUUCCACUGCCAGAGUCCUGACAGAACCUCUCUCUAGACUUAUAUAGUGCAACAAGUGAAGGAAUCCCCGGGUUCAGAUUUGAUUUUUGCAGUUUCUGUGACUGUGCUCUCACACCAGUACCCACCUCCAUGUAGAUACACUCCUGUGUAAAUCUGCAGUUUUGUUUGCUUUUAAUUAUAGAGAUUGUAAAAUUCUCAUCCUGACUAAAAUAUAGAAAACUCUUAUACUCAAUGCAACCAACUGUGUAAGUAUUUCUUCAUUGUGUGUCUUUACAUGUAAACUUUGUUUGCAAAAAUAUAAAUAAGAAAACCAUAAGAGCAACAGAAAGCAGAAGUUCUCAUACUCAUAUUUUUCUAAAUUGUAAUGGCAAAUCAAGCUUUUCAUUGUAUUAAACACAAAAAUGUUGGUAUAUUUAUACAGUAGCAGCAUAUUGUUUAUAUAUGUAUAUUCCAGCCUAGUGAAUUACACUGGCAAGGGUCAUACUUUAGAAUAUUUGCACAGAGAUUCAUGACCAAUCAGAAUAUGAUACAAUUGCAAUUUUAAUUUAAUUUCCGUGUAUUAUGCUGUAAAGAUUAAUGAAGUUAUUCACCUGAAAAUAAACAACAAAUCAUAUACCAGUGCUGUUUCCUUAACAGUGUAACCCAGAAAGCAGAUCUUCGCUGGGAGAAGGACUGGUUACAAUUUCAAAAGGAGGGCCUGGCCUUCAUUUGACUUGUGCAGCCUGUUUUAGUGACUGUAAUACCUUCUGAAGGGGGCAUUGGAGAAACCAUAUUGUGUACGAGUAUUAAUACUCUAUUCCAUCUUCAGCAUUUAAAUAUGGGGUCCUUCCAAAAUAAGCUCUCUUCAGUAAUGUCUCUGUAAUCUGCUUGUGUUCACAGUGUUACAAACAUUUUCACUUUGCUGCUGGAUUCUUGAAAUUUUGGAGUACAGUCUUUUAAAUGUUAUUGGCCUGUAUGUUUGCAGCACCAGUGAGCACAGAUCAAUGACAUUUAUCCUUGUGCCUUGUACACCACAAUAAGUGAAACGUUAAGCCCGAUAGAGUCACAUUUGGAGGUUUUGCUUUUGUGUGCUUUGAGCAUGAGGAUUUUCUUACUGUAAAUAAGAGAGAUAUUCCUACCACUUUUUUUCUGGUGUAUAUGCAGAAUGAUGAAAUCUCUGGUAUGCUUUUUCUGUAAGUAUAUGCUUAUUAGAGGUGGCCUUCUUUUAGAAUUUAAUAACUGUUUUCCAAAACAAGCCAAAAAAAAAAAAAAAAAAGAUGAUGGGGAGAAAUGGCUUGAUAGAAAAUGGAUGUAAUGGUUUUCUAGCAACAGGGCUUUUGUUGGCUAACUGUAUGAUCUGAUGUGGCCUUGUACAUGCUACAUUUUGUAUAUAUAUGGUUUCUCUGGGUGCUUAAAGGUAUUUAAGGUAUUAAUUAGAAAAAGAUGCAUUAUUUUAUAAGAUACUAGGUUUUAGGAAUUAGGAGGUUAAAAUAAUUUGCUGAGUAUAUAUUCAGCCUAGUGUUCUAGAAAUUACAAAAUGUAAUUUUGUUUCUUUAAUAUUUUAUAUGUGUUUCUUUAUAUUUUCCGUAGGCUGUGAAACUAAAUAAAAACCCCAAACCACUUCCUUUUUUUGUACCCUUUAUGCAAAUCAAGUCACAUGUUCUGUUUAAGACAAGGUAAAUAAUUGCACCCAAAAGUGCAGCUGCCAAUAGUGGGUUUGGAUUCAAAGUGCUUUGGAGCUGCUGCUGAAAUCCUCAUCUUGACACUGAAGUGCAAUGUAAAGGAUUCUGAAAAGAGCCCAAAUAUAUCUAUUUAAUGAAAUACAAGCCUACCACAACUGCAAAUUUAUUUGAGGAUGUUGAUGGUGCUGCAGCUUUUCCACUGACAAAGGAAGGACCACACUACUUUGCUGUAGAGAUCUCCUCUACUGGCCUCUCUUUCCUUUCCUUUUUCUGUUGUCCUCCAAAUCACCAUCACCAUUGUCAGAACAUUAUCAGUCAUGGAGUAGGGUAGGGAGGUGGAUCUGAUAAGAAAUGAAAGAGAAUAAGCAUGCUCUCAACUCCUCAAUUCUACCUACUGUAAGCUAAAUUGUUGCUUUACCUGUAAUACAGUAAAUAUUUAGCAAUUUUAAGAGCAACUUAUUAUUGAUACAAUACUGAUCACUAUCAGGAUAUGGACUUUGCUUUUC